CUCAAUGUUUUCGUUCUUUCUUUUUCCUUCGAUACGUCCCCAACUGCUGCUCGGCUUGUGAUAACAGAUUCAAGUUGCGUGUGUGAUCCAAAACCCGGACAGCCUUAUCAUCGGUGGCAGCAAAAUGCUACAGCCAAAAGUGUUAACAUCGGUGCUAAGCCAAGCAAACACGGGAGGAGUGGAAAAUACGAUAUUACUCACACACGAAGGAGCAUUGCUAGCGUUUUCCGGCUUCGGUGACCGGGACGCAACGGUAACGGCGGCAAUCGCGAGCAACAUAUGGUCCGUGUACGAAAAGAAUGGCCGCAACGCGUUUCGGGAAGACCGGCUCCAGUACGUGUUUCUACAGUGUGAGAACGGUAACGUCGUCAUCACGCAGGUGGCUAACCUUCUGCUCUGUCUAUACGCCCGGGACCACGUAGGGCUCGGUAUACUGAAGGAAAAAGCCCAAGCACUCGCAACGUAUCUGGAGGGACCGUUGAAAGAGAUUGCCACAUCGUAGUGAACGUAUGUGUGUGUGUACGGGGGAUGAAGAAAAAAAAAAAGAUUUUGUUGUACCGUAUUUAUUAGCGCUUAAUACAUGUUCGUUCACUUAUACGCGCCCUGAUGCUUGUACGAAAGUACGGAGUGCGUUUUGUUGAUCGAAAAGUUGGUUACCGCCGCGAG